AUUCGUUCGGUCCUGGGGAGUGUCGGGAGUGUCUGAAGGCCUGUAUCAGUGACUGUUGAUCGUACUUUUCUAUCGUUUUUAUCAAUAAUAAUUAUGGAUCCCGCGGUCUUCCCGGAGGAAAUUUGGAUUAAGAUUUUAUUAUACUGCGAUGUACCUGACAUUAUUGCGUUUGGCAGCACUUGCAAAUACUUAAGGAAAACAUCGGACACCGAUUAUCUGUGGAAGAUGAAAUGGCUGCAGCUGAUUUCUAAGGUACAUUUUAAAUUCCCAGAUAUAAAAUGUCUACAGUUACUUAGUGUUAGUUUCAAAGCCAUGUGCUAUAGAUUGCACAUGGUGAUAACACUGGGAGAAAAUGCACCUUUUCCAAAAUGUUACCACUGCAGUGGCUAUACAUGUCAAAGGAACUGUGUAGAAGGUUCCAGUGCUAAGGUGGUGAUUGAGAUUGGAAAUAAAUAUACAUGGGUUAUUACACCAUUUUUUGGAUUGAGAAGACACUUUUCAAUGUUUGGUAUUCCAAGAUACAAUAAUAAAACUCAUGUGGAACAAACGCAGACGCAAAAUAUUCCUAGCAGUAGCACACGCUCAAAACCUGAAACAAAGUCUCUAGCGAAGAGAUUGAAAUUAUUGAAAUUGUCGGAAUUGGCAACUGCCAAGAUUCCACGGCCAAGUGGCCCGUUUUGCGUUUUCUGCAACCCUGUAAAAUUGUACAGAGAGAAACGAAGAUUAGUCACACAUCAGAACGAUCCAUUGUGUUAUACCAGACCAAAUCCGAUUUAUCAGAAACUCAUAAAUGGUUAUUGUACUGACACAGUUGAAGUUCUCGGAAUUCCGAACGUGGAUAUUGUGAGUCCGGCGGAGGCAUUAUUGUGCGAAGGCACAUUCCCAGUUCUUAAAACCUUCAUUGAUCACUUGUUCCACCAAAUGAGUUUAACUACGACAUUAAGAAAGCCGAAUACGGUACUCAUGUUUUGCGAACCAUUGGCUAUGCAUCCAACGUUGAGGAAACAAUUAUUACAUUACUUGUUCCAAGAGGUUAAAGUAGCGAGAGUAUGCCUGGUACCUAAACCUUUAGCAGCAUGUGCCAUGCUGGAUGUCGAAACUUGCGUAGUAGUCGACAGCGGUGCUCUAAGCACAACGGUAGCUGUCGUAAUUGGAGGUCGGGUUAUACCACAGCGCUGGAGGCUGCUGCCUGUAGGUGGUUGGCACGUUGCUUAUCAUUUGAAGCAAGCUUUGCACUGGCAGCCAAAGGAGUACCAUCAAAUUCCUAUAUCCUAUCUAGAUAUUCUGGCUGUUAAAGAAAGAUGCAGGCUGAGUUAUAACAUUAAGAACGAGGAGAAACGUUUGGGACCGAAGGCGAGAGAACACAUUAAUCUUCGAGUUGAUAGCUAUGCAGAUUAUAAGCAAUUUUGGAGAGUAUCCUUAGGAUCUGAAUUGUAUAUAGCUCCUGAAAUGAUGUAUAUCAGUCUUGGCCUGCCUCAAGUUAUAAAAGAUGUGACUUCGGGACUAUCGGAGGAUGAAAUGCACGAUUGUCUUUCGCAUAUUCUACUUACUGGUGGGAACACAGAUCUUUCGGGUUUCGAAUUGAGACUUACUAAAGACCUAGUUGAACUAUUGCCAGAGUAUAGCAAUAUUUUAGAAGUGAGAAGUUGUCCUGGUACACACAGUUGGAAUGUCGCAAUGGGAUCUACAUAUGUGCCUUUAGCUGUGCAUCCGGAUAAAACUCCUCCGGAAUAUAUUGAAGGUAAUCCAUUUUGGUUGUCACGAGAGGAAUAUGUAUUAUUUGGAUGUGAAUCUCUAGAACACAGUAAUGAAGAUAUAAUAGGUGAUACUUUAUAAUAUUAACGCCUCACUUACAUAUAGCCAUAAGAUACGCGCGAUUACAUAAUGCAUAAUAUCGAGAAAGUAAAUGUUACCAUCAUUAAGUAUAUAUUUUCUCUUAUAUAUAUAUUGUCUAUAAAUUGAAGAAAUUAUUUAAAUAGUUGAAGGGGCCUGAAACAUUCCAAAGUAUAACUAGCAUGUUCACUAUUUAAGGGCACCUGAAUGUGUUUCUCAAAUUUUGCUAUUUAAAAUUUGUUUACUAUGCUAAUAUAGUACACAUGUAAGAUAUAUACUAGAUGUUCUAUUUUUCAAUCUAUGCCGAAUGAAAUGUUCGAAACGAGACAAGAUACGAAAGACUUUACGUUAAUUUAAGUUAUUUAUUUUAUAUCAAAUAUUAUAUCUCAUAAAAGUAGUAAUUUUUUUUAGAUGUGUUAAACGUAGAUAUUUUAACUUUAUUUGGAUAUUAAUAAAAAGAUUUAUGUAUGUAUAUAUACAGUUGUUCUAUAACUAAAAUAUUCUAAUAGUAUAUUCUGAGAUUUAAUUAGAAUUAAAAAUUCUAAUACAGAAACUAAGUAUAGUACUAAAGCAUAAUACAAAACAUAGCAUAAUCAGUUUACUCAGGCUCAUGAUUAUGCAUACCUAUCAUUCAUUUGUUGUUGAUUUUUACACAGCUCAAUUGAUAUAUAUAUAUAUUUUUUUAAAUAAUAUAUGUAAUAGAAGAGAGAGACACUAUAUGCAAUUCUACGAUUUGUUACUUAUAUUUUGUACAAGAACUAGACUUUUUGCAUAGAUAAAAGGAACAUCUUGUAUAUAUGCUCUAAAACUGCCCCCAUUAACUUUGAAACUUAUGGCAUUUAAAUUUUCACAUACACUCUAUAUAUCUAUUAUUAGGAAUAUUAAUAGUAAUUGAAGAAACUAUGAAGCUUUAUAUAAAGCUAAUUGAUAGUUGCAGAGUAGUUUCGUACAUUCGUUACUAGCUCUAUCAGGACUAUAUUAGCACUUGAUGCUAUUCAAGCCAGUGCAAUGUUACAUGUUGAUGGCAUGAAUAUUUUAAAGCUGCAAUAUGAAAUUUUAGUGCCAUCUAAGCAAGUUUAAAUCAUAAAGCUAUUAUUUUUUAUGUACAUAGCAUUUAGUGAAUUGUUUUGUAAAUAUAGAAUAAUGAAGCCGCUUGAAUUAAAACAGAUCAUUAUAUCGAUAACGUCAAACAAGUAAUAUAUAUAAUGCUGAAUAUAGUAUUUCCAAAAAUUGUUCACCAUUUCGUACAUUUAUAUCACAGAAAUCUUGCCAAAAGAAGUAUGUGAAUGUUAAAGAGAGAAAGCGACAGAGUAGACACACAUUUCUAGUCACUUUAGACAUAAGUAGGUUUAAAUAUAGGUUCAUAAAAACGGGAGAUUUCUUUCUCCCUCUCACCCUCUUUCUCUCUCUUCCAAGAUAAGGUAAAUAAUAAUCGCAUUAGUAACUUCUAAUAAAUAAAAAAAAAAA